CACCUGUGCCCAGCAGUGCACCCACCUGUGCCCAGCAGUGCCACCCAGCAGUGCCACCUACCUGUGCCCAGCAGUGCCACCCACCUGUGCCCAUCCACUAGUGCCACCCAUCUGUGUCCACCAGUGCCCAUCAAUGCAGUGCUGCCAGUCAGUGCCACCAGUCAUGCCGCCAGUCAGUGCCCAGCAGUGAUGCCAGUCAGUGCCACCUAUCAGUGCUGUCUAUCAGUACCCAUCAUCAGUGCCGCCUAUCCAUGACAACUGAUUAGUGCUGCCUAUCAGUGCCGCCUAUCCCUGCCACCUCAUUAGUGCUGCCUAUCAGUGCCGCCUAUCAGUGCCCAUCAGUGCCGCCUAUCAGUGCCCAUCAGUGCUGCCUCAUCAACGCACAUCAGUGA